AUGGCCGAAGGCGAAGGCAAUCUAGGUCAACAGCGUGCUGUUUCUUUGUUGCAAGAGGCGACAAGAUUGAUCAGAGAAUGGCCUGGAUCAUCAAAUGAUGUUUCUUCAGCACAAGUUGCGAGUCCAAAUGUAAUAUCUCAAAGCGAAUCGCAUGCUACUACAUCAUCUGGCGUCACUACCGUCAGACCCGUCAAUACAUCAAAUCGAGAAAGAGUGUUGGGGAAUUUUAGAAAUCUUUUUGCGCCAUAUGGGAAUACGGGUCGCCGAAGUCUAAGUUCCUCAACCCAGUUAGCCCAACCAUCGGGUAAGCGAAGGAAGACUCAGAGUGCUGUUGCAUUCAGGCGUGAAACAUGGACACAUGUAUUCUUUUGCUUGGCAAAUCGCGAACAAUGCGUGACCCCUACCGUAACCCUUAAGGCAAAGCUACAACAAGCCGGCUUAGGGCGAGAAAAGAUAUGCUUCAACUGGAAAGCUACUGCUGUAGAGGUAAAGGCAAAAUUGGAACAAGUUUACCCCAAAUUAAGUCACAGUGGAGGAUUUGACAUUCUGAGGCGUGGAGUACAAACCAGUGACUUGGUGUUUAUACAGCCACCACGUAGUGGUUACAGUGUAUCAUUUCUGCGGGACACAGCUGGGUUGGGCCAAGCCAUCGCAUUCAUCCGACCAAUUCAAAAUAACCUGGACAUCACACCUGCCAUGGAUAGUUCUGAGGUGAGUCAUCAAGGCAUUGUUAGUGUACAAAAAUAAUCAAACCAGAAUCCAUGGUUGUGAUUAUACUCAUACCCACCCGACCUCCGUUUGUUAACAUAUGCAUCAUAUUUGUGUAACAUAUUUACAUAUGAAAAUUGUGUAAUUUUUUUUAGGACACUGAUUCUGCUCCUUUAGUGGAAUGCAUUAAUUGCAAAGUGGAAAUCCCAGUUACAGAAAUCAGGCAACAUAAGGAGAGUUGUUGUCGAGAUGAAGAGCUGUAAGUAUUAUAACUGACAGCAUUGGUCCAGAUUUCCCAUUGUUGUUGUACAUAUUUAAUUAAACUUCUCCAGUUGCAAAAGUAAUACUAAUAAUAGCAAUAAUAAUGAAUAAAUUGUUACCCCUUACCCCAUUAUUGUGCAUCUCACACAGAGGCUGACCCAGAAAAUUUGGGAACAUAUAGAAUCUCGAUAUAUAGUUUAGAUCCCCAUAAUGUAUUGAUAUAUUGUAAUACUUUAGAAUUUGUUAACCAUUUUAUUUUGUGUCUCAGUUGCAAGAAGGAAUACUGUUCUAUACUUUUGGCAAAUAUCUGGUUGCAAUUGGCAAUCUAGCCUGUGCUGCAGUGUACUGUAUUAGUCUAUUGGUGAACUGGAGCCUGUAGUCGUAAUUCAUAAUUUAACUACUGACAUACCUAUACCACAGUAUAUACCUUAUGAAGUUAGUAAUACAACAAUUCUACUCUCUUGUGUUGUUCAAAUAGGUUGGAAAUUACAUUGGCUGUAGAAGGUGACAAGGAUUCUGUUGAGGAUUCUGUAUCAGAUACUGCUAUUUGCUUCAAUGGUCAAGUAGGUGUCUAGCAAUGGAUGUUCAUCAUUUAAAUAGUAACACAUGUUGAGUGUUAGAAUAUAAUAUAAAAAGUUGCCAGAUAAAUGGUAGGUAGUAUAUGUACAGUAGGAACUCAUUUAUAUUUUAGGAACAAGCAUGUCAUCUUGGCACGGUAGUAUGUGAUGAUUGCAAUGACACUAUUCCUGCUGAGCAGACAAUUGAGCAUAGUAGCAUUUGUCGGGGAGGAUGUUCUGGUAUUGUGACAACAAGGUAAAUCUUUGUACACAAAUUGCCUACUGGAUAUAGAAUGUUAUUAACUUAUUAUACAGGUAUAUACUGUGUAUGAAUGAAAUUAAUUGCCAUUUACUGUAGCUUAAAGAUGAAGAUUUGCUUUGUUCCUGUGUUCACUUGAUACGUUCUCCAAUGAUUUCCAUGCGUAGAUAUUUCACUGUGUUCUCUUGUUCACACAUCUUGCAUGUUCCAUUGUUCCUUCCAUUUUCCAAUUAAUUUAUUAUUAUUACUUAGUAAUAUAUAAGGGGGAAUUAAUUGUGCUAAUUAAUCAUAUUCUUUGGAAUGGAAAUAGUAGUCCUUGAGAAACAUUCUUAUGGCUAUAAUAUAUCAGCAUAAUAAUUCUAUUACAGUAACUGAGGUUGACAGCCAGCUUUAUGUCAAUUUAGGCACACUUCUGCUGAUACUAACAACCUCGUGACAAUUUCAUCAGCCAGUCACGCUGAUUCACAUUCUGAGUCUGGUAAGUUUGUUUGACUAGUUUGUGUGUUUAUUGCAUAUAAAUUCCAUCAAUGAAAAUUUUAAUUUUAUGCAUUCCUUUAUGUUUAUGCUGAACAGAUGUUGUUAGUAUCCAAAAUAUUCUACCAGCAUUGUCAGAAACGGAGAUUUCAACAGCGCUGAACUUAUACAAUGGCAACGUUGAACAAGCAGUUGAGCUCCUUUUAGAUGAAGAUGGUUAGUAUUGUGCAUAUUUUUUUUUCAAUGUAUAAGUAUGUACAGUAGAUGUCAAAUGAGAUAAAAAAACAAUUGUCAACAUAUUGUUCAUUGUCAUAACAUAUUGUUCAUUACUCUCUAAAGAAGAGAAAUGCAUUUGCUUGAAACGGUGAGAAGUUCUAUACAGUACAAACGCAAUGAAUGCUGAUAAUAUUCCUUUUCUAAUUUAACCCAUUGCGACCUAUUUUAGUAUUUACUAAUGCCAGUCUGACAAUUAUGCUCAACUAAAUAGCAAGAUAAAUUUUGUGUUUGGUUAACCUGUAUUCAUGUUCCACAUUAAUGCCGGUUAAUCAAACUAUCUGCAUGGCGAUAUGUCUCUUGUAUUUAUGCCAUUAAUAUUAAGUUUUAUUUAUCAAGGGGAAAGAGAAUCUUAUGCAUCAAUGGUUAAUAAAAAAUAAAUAUUUAUUUUUCAAGGUGAAUCUGAUCAAUUGGAUGUUCAAAUGAAUACUGACGAUAGCCUUGUUGAUCUUCUCAAGAAGUUACGCCCCAUUUCAGGCGCUCCACAACGCUUGACAGUCUGCAGAGAUUCUAUCUUUGAAGAUAGUAUUGCCUUCUUCAAACAGAGAAAAUUUGACUUUACUGUGCCGAUAAAAAUUACUUUUGCAGGAGAACCAGCCAUUGAUGGAGGAGGGCCAGUGAGGGAGUUUUUUACUAUUCUUACAAGAGAACUGUUAUCGUCAUCAUCAAGUAUCCGCCUGUUUGAAGGAAGAAACUCGCGCUUUCUCCCGAUUCACAACACAGAUGCUGUGCGAUCUAAUUUGUUCAAAGUUGCCGGACGAAUUGUGGCUGCUUCAGUAUUUCAUGGUGGACCAGGUUUUCCUGUAUUCUCCAGGGCAAUCUAUUUAUAUUUUCAGAACCCAAAUUCUGAUGAUCUAAGUGAACACAUCAGCAAAGAAGAUGUAGUAGACAUGUAUGUUGUUGAAGCACUCAAUAAGGUGAGAUUGCAAAUAAUUUUAUUUAAAUUCCAAAAGGAUGCACAUUGUACAAAAUAUUAAUAGUAAGACCCAAUAGUACUAUAAUUUUAUCAGACUCAUCUGGGAUGCUUUCUAAAUCUAGUUGGACAAUAUCAAACAAGAAGAUGUUUCCACUUUUGCUGGUGAAAUACAGUCACUCUUGGUGGAAGCUGGGUUUCCCUAUCUCCUCACCUUCGAGAACCGUUUUCAGGCAAUGGCAUCCUUAUGCCUUCACUCAGUGUUAUUAUCACGGAAGGCUGAGUUAGAUCAAUUUAUGUCAGGACUGGGUCCUCUCAUAAACCUAAUACGCAAACAUCCCGAUCAAACUGAACCUCUCCUUGUAGCAGGCCAAGCAAAACCUCCAUCUGCAGAGGAUCUGCUAUCCCUAGUGGAAUAUGAAGAAGUUGAUGAAGUUCGAAAGGAUUUCUUCAAGCAGUAUGUUUGCACAGAAUGUAAGCAAGCUUAUGUUUUUCUUAAAAUUAUUAUUCGUGGCAUUGUUUUUUUGUUGAAAUGGAUACCCCAUUAAGUGCCAUUGCAUACUAAUACACCCUAAUCUUUGUUAUUUUAUUCUAUUUAAUUAUUAGCAAAGGGAACAGGGAUGGAUUUACUGUGUUACUGGGAGGUGUACACCGUUGACAUAUAUGUAUACCUAGACUGCUCGCUCGGGCUCUGAAAGUGUGGUCGCAAUAUGGCAGAAAUGUUAGGGAAAUUUCUCAUGGAGUCAACCACUGACCAGUAUUCAGAGCUGAAAGUCAGGGGUGUAUAUUCUUCAAUGACCUUUGAAUCCCCCCCCCCCCUCUUUUCAGCUUUGAUUUUCUUCCCUGUAUGUUGAAGAAAUUUGGACGUGGCAGCAGAGUCUGGGCUCUCUCUACCUUCAAUAUUCCAGUAAUUUUCCUUUGAUUUAACGAAUUAUUUUCGAUAAAAAGUUUGGUUCAAGGUAGAAAAAUGAUGUUACAAUGCCGAUUUUGACAACAAAUUUUUCAGUUCAUUUAGAACUUCUGGAUCUCAAUGAUAAACAGCACAACAAAAUAAUUGAUUAUUGAUAUAUUAACUAGAGAUGUUGCCCUUAAAAAGUAUUCAUCUCUCUAAAUUACGUUCAUCUUUCAACAAACGUUUUUAGUUUCACAAACAAUAUAUAUUCACGUUUUUAAAAUUUUAUUUAGACAUUGACAUUAUAUUCCAAUUCCCCUUCCUCUUGCCAUAAAAAAGUCAUACUUCAUCUACCCUCCUUGCUGACAUAAUAUGAGACUGAUUCCCAAGUUUUCUCAGUUCUUUUCAUUCUCAUCCCUUGUUCUUUAUCUUCUUUUCCUUUCCCCCCUUAUUUUCCGUUUGCCCUUUCCAUUCUUUUCCCCUUUCCAUUCUUUUCCCUUUGUUCUUUUCCCUCUUUCCUUUCCCUUCCUUUCUUUUUUUUUUACUCUUUUAAUUUCUUCACUAGUCCUAAGACACUUCGAUUCCUUCCACCCUCCCAGGGGGGGGGGGGAUUAUAGAAGAAAUAUACACCCCAGCUGAAAGUAUUUUGCUAUGUUGGCCAGCAGUGCUAUUUUGACUCGUAUUCGGCAGCAUUUUUCAGCUUCAAUUUGCCACACAAGCCUUCAGCAAAAAACGUAUAAUAGGAAAUAGUCCAGGUAUAUAUGUCAAUUGCUUCCGUCGCCCAUGUGUGUUAUCCCACCACCCUUGCCAGUAGCUAGGCCACUGAAUUUCCAGAACCCUGCUGCGCAUAGUUCACUCUGAUUAUGCACUUGGUCAAUAGUGACAUCCCAAACAUUGACCAAGGCUAAAUGAGCCCUCGAGCCAUAUGGCUGUAUCUAUAUCUGGAUGAUGAAAAUGUCCCCAGCUUAUGAAUGAAAAAUUAUGCCUGACAGUACACGGCACAAUUUUCAAGGCACAGUAUAUUAUUAAGUGUUUUCCACUGGAUAAUAUUUUGUUUUAUUUUAGCAAGCAGGCUGUCUGGAUUAUUGAUGUUCGUCACUGGAUGCAAGACAAUUCCGCCUAUGGGAUUUAGAAAUGCAAUAACCAUAUUACAAAAUGAUUCUGUCUAUCCAAAUGCAAAUACAUGCCCUUUGGAGUUGGAGCUUCCAGGUCAAGUGAACACGUACGGUGAAUUUAAAAAAAACAUGGAUUCUGCUAUUGAUAUACAAAAAGAGGGAUUUGGUAUAGUUUAAAGGAGUAGUUCUUGGAGAACGACAAAUAUGUGUGUUCAUAUUAUACUUCUGUUUUUGGUAUUACCUAAUGUUUCGUUAAAUAAUAUAGUAUACUGUAGUACUAUAGUUUAGAUACUGUAGUGGUUUCUGUCAGGUUUUAGCUGGGUCCAUUCUUGCACCCAAGUUUAUAAUACCAAUAUAAACUGCUAUUAGCACUUAAUUUAUAAUGCUGUACAUGUACUGUAUACUUUAAUAAUUAUAUUAUUACAGCAUCAAGUUCAUUAUACAAUUUAAUUAUAUGCAUUAACUAAUGUGUGCUGUAUUUUGCAAACAGUCUUCGAAAAAAGCCAGAACGUCCGUAUAGAUAUCCACACCAUGAUGUUCGGAGUCACGUAAAGGAUCAAUCAAUCCCUGCAGAUUCAAUCUCUCAAUUUCAUUCAGCGGUGAAUUAGUUUCAGGCACCACAACUUCUUGGUCUUCUG